AAAACUACUUACCGACAUACAGUCCCAUUUAGAAAAUGUCCGAGGGGUACGCUAGUUGGUGUGUGUCUAUAGUGUUACGGCAUAGAGGAGCCUUGUCUUUGUCAAGGUUAUACAGGGCCAGUCACCUCUUGAUUGGCUUCAAAUACGCUGUAUUCCUUAAACGACGUGCAUCUCGGCUGCAAGCUUGACGCCACGGGCGCCUGGUUCUGUAGCCACGCCGUCUUAUACACCACAACCCAGCCAACAACAACAACUCAUAAGCCCGAGAUGUAUAUGCAGCUGCAGGAGAAGCUGGCUUUUAAAGCAGGCUGUCCAAGACAAUGACCUGAGGAUGCGUCGUUAGGCAGACUGAGAACCUUGGCAGGUUCACUGAUUGGAUACUGCCGCCAUUGCCUCCGAGAGCCUGACAUCGCGGAUGCUCUAUCAAAGUCUAUAAAUACUGGCAACAUUCCCACCAAGUAUCGACUCUUUCUCUUCAAGCUUUCAAUAUCAAAGUCUUCCUCUUCUACAAUCAACAACAUCUUUACUACAGACAUCUUUGUCAACCUUUUCAAAAUGAAGUUCUCCACCAUCAUUACCACCGUCUUCUUCUCCGGCCUUGCUGCGGCCGCCAGACUCUCUCAGGCUGAUGCUGAAGCCUACUGCGGUGACCUUGGUGUUAUGCCUGUCCCCGAGGGUGCCAACCCCGACACUGUCCGAACCUGCCUCGAGCACCCUCUGGGCUCCCCCAAGACUCCCCAAAUUCUUGAGAAGCGUGACUGCUGGUACGGCAAGAAGAGCGGUUGCUCCAAGGGCUACUGCUGGAAGACUUGUGGCCAGGGCGGCCAGUGGUGCUGGACUGCCAACGGCGACGGCUCCGGCCCCUGGAUCACCUGCGGCAGCGAUGGUGACUGCAACGAAGGCCAGUCCUGCGGCGGCGGCGGUUGCAAGGCCUGCGGUUGCUCUUGCUAAAUCACGAACAACUCCGCUUUUUAUCUCUAGAUAAAAGGUAUAUAACUUCCAUAGAACUACAAGUCAAUUGAUGCUCUGCAUCGUGUUGUAUGGACAUUCAUGGUUCUCAAUCCGGGUGGUCGCGUGACUGUGUAAACAAUUACUCUCCAGUAGCAAACAUAUAUGAG